UCUGCUCUCUUUUUGCUGCUGCUGUGUGGCUUGUGUGAGACAGGCAACGUCUCUGGAUAAGGAAGCCCAUCCUCCCUCCCCGCAGAGGUACCUCAGGGAUCAAAUGACUAACUGAGGUGAAAGAGCUCUGAGAAGCAGGAUGCUCUGCUGACACGAUGCUCACCAACAACACAAAUCCAGGGGCUCCAAGCCUUCCCCUUGGCUUGGAGGGAGAGAGAAGCCUGGUGUCUGUCUUCUCUCUCUCUCCCUCUCUCUCUCCUCCACACUUGGCCAGAGCAGUAUGAGCUGUAGGGGGGAGAAUGCUGUUCUCCUUCCCCUCCCCAUCCAGGAGUCUCCCCGAAGCUCAACACGGCCCCUUCCCCACCCACGUUCAGUCUACCUCUCUCUCCAGAUUCUCACCUCAGAUCACAAAGUGAAGGCUGGGGGAAUGGCAGGGGUGGCCAUUCAGCAAAAGAGCCAGAGUGAUUACGUCUGAAUAAUUUUCAGAUUUAUUUUAGCCCUCCCACUCCCAUCCAGUUCUGCUUCAGUAGGUAUCAAGACAGACAGGGGAGAGUGGAAUGCCAAUCCCAUUUAUCGGGUGGAAAACACAUACAUACGUAAAGCGUUAGCACGUCACUUUGAUGGCUCAUUUAAUUCUCACAGACACCCGUAUUAGUAGAUACUAUUGCUGUCCCAUUUUGCAGAGGAGAGAACUGAGGCUUAAAGAGGUAAAUUCACACAGCCACAGGAGUCUGGAAUUUAACGCUUGCAGCCUGACUCCUCCCUGUCACCGCUACACUGGAUGUUUUGCUGUGACUUCCCCUCUAACUGGAUUGGGGGAAGGCAGGAAAAACCCCGACCCUCUCCCACAGAGCCUCAGCCAGUGAUACUGCUUCCCGGAUGAGAAGGGCGGCCCUGAAGCCCGCAGCAAAGCCAGCCCCACGGCCACGGUCCCUCCAGCCUCCCCGCAGCUCCACAGCAGUCCAGACCUGCCGGCCCUCCAGGACCGGAGGUGCUCCCAACAGGGAAACUCAGGCACUUGCUGGUCCUCAUGUCGGCCCCGGGGCCCAGCGUGGCGCCCGCCAGCGAGGCGGGAGAGAUCCACAACUGGACGGAACUGCUCCACUUCUUCAACCACACCCUGCCCGAGUGCCACAUGGAGCUCAGCGAGAGCACCAAGCGAGUGGCCCUGUUCGUGCUCUACCUGGCUGUCUUCGUGGUCGGGCUGGUGGAGAACCUGCUGGUGAUCUGCGUCAACUGGCGCGGGGCGGCCCGCGCAGGGCUGCUGCGCCUCUACGUCCUCAACAUGGCCAUCGCCGACCUGGGCAUCGUCCUGUCCCUGCCCGUGUGGAUGCUGGAGGUCACGCUGGACUACACCUGGCUCUGGGGCAGCUUCUCCUGCCGCUUCACUCACUACUUCUACUUUGCCAACAUGUACAGCAGCAUCUUCUUCCUGGUGUGCCUCAGCAUCGACCGCUACGUCACCCUCACCAACGCCUCUCCCUCCUGGCAGCGCCACCAGCAUCGAGGGCGGCGGGCCGUGUGCGCCGGGGUCUGGGUCCUCUCAGCCCUCAUCCCGCUGCCCGAGGUGGUCCACAUCCGGCUGGUGGAGAGCUUUGAGCCCAUGUGCCUCUUCAUGGCGCCCUUUGAAACGUACAGCACAUGGGCCCUGACGGUGGCCCUGUCCACCACCGUCCUGGGCUUCCUGCUGCCCUUCCCUCUCAUUGCGGUCUUCAACGUGCUGACGGCCUGCCGGCUUCGGCGGGCAGGACAGCCUGAGGGCCGGCGCCACUGCCUGCUGGUGUGUGCCUACAUUGCCGUCUUUGUCACCUGCUGGCUGCCCUACCAUGUGACCCUGCUGCUGAUCACACUGCAUGGGACCCACAUCUCCCUCCACUGCUAUCUGGCCCACCUGCUCUACUUCUUCUACGACAUCAUUGACUGCUUCUCCAUGCUGCACUGCGUCAUCAACCCCAUCCUGUACAACUUUCUCAGCCCGAGCUUCCGGGGCCGGCUGCUCAAUGCUGUGGUCCAUUACCUUCCCAAGGUCCAGGCCAGGGAGGGCAGACAUGCUUCCUCCUCCUCCUCCUCCACCCAGCAUUCCAUCGUCAUCACCAAGGAGGGCAGCCAGCCCCCUGCAGCCAGCCCCCGCCACCACCCAAGCCUGAACUUCCAGGCAGCAGACACCCCACCCACCUCUGCUCCUCGGGCUCUUAUAGCCAGCUGAGGAAGAUUCCAGUCUCCUCUACCAGCCAAGUAGAAAGCUGGAAGUGUAGGUGAGAGAUCGGGGGGGGGGGCGGGGGGAGAGGGUCAGAGCCCUCAUGGCCGAAUUUUGAGUAUGUCUUAAAAUAUUGAAGUCGGGGGAUGGGGUGGGAGGCAGGGAGGGAGAGGGAACGGGUCCUUGGCGUUGUACCAUUCGACACGGUCCCUGUGCCGAAGGGAGACACGCAGGGGAAAAGGAGAAAUAAAGAAUAGAGACAGACA